GGAAAAUGAUUGCAUCGUAUUUUGAAAGGCUAUUUGGUCAUAAAUCAGGUACAAUACCGGAUAAUCAAUGAAAGCCAAUAUACUACUUGCGUCACAGUUGAAUGGUGUUAUUCCGAAGACAAUUGUUAGGCCGAUAGAACGUAAAUUCUUUUCACACAAUAAACUAAAGGCGUUUUUUACAACUUUGAAUCAUCAUCAUCGUCGUCUGAACUGAAUGAGAAGAUAAGACUUAUUUUAUAGCUGUUUCGUGGAAUUUACCUCCUUUCGGAUAACCCUGUUCUGAAGACAGAAUGUUGACGAAGACUCGCAGUAAGUAGGUAAGCGCCUCCAAGCCGAGUGAAAUUGUUUUGAUUAUUCCGCAAAUGAAGUGAUCAUGGACAGCAGCCGGCAACAAAGCACCGAAGAGUACAAUCCAUUCGAGCACCGUCAAAUCAAGAAUGCAAAUUCAACGCUAGAGUCCUUUGUUCACGUGAUAAAGGCAUCUUUUGGAACCGGCAUUUUGGCGCUUCCGCUGGCCUUUAAAAAUGGCGGACUGCUGUUUGGCAUCCCUGGAACUAUUCUGGUGGCCUCCGUAUAUACUCACUGCAUACGCAUGUUGGUAUCCACUUCUUGGAAGGUGUGUAAGCUGAGCAAAGUUCCUUUACUUGACUACGCUAAGACUGCAGAAUGUGUGUUUCUUCACAGUAAAGUGGAUCUAAAGAAAUACAAAUAUGUGAUGAGAUCGGUAGUUAACACAAUGUUGUUUAUGGGUAACACAUUCACCAUCGGAAUAUACCUGGUGUUCAUAGCAACGAAUUUGCGAAGCGUGAUAAAUAGCGAAACAUCGAUAGAUUGGUCCAUAAGGAUCUACAUCCUCCUGGUGGGUGCCUUCAUUGCGAUAAUCAGUCAGAUUCGGGAGCUAAAGUAUCUGGUCCCACUUUCUUUGCUGGCCAAUUUCAGCCUUCUGUUAACAUUUGCAAUUUCGAUGUACUACAUCUUCGAGAAGCCAUUUUCGCUGGAAAACAGAAAUCUCUGGCCUGAUUUCGCUGGUCUUCCUUCAUUUUUUGCAACGAUUGCCUUUGCCAUCGAAGGGGCCAGCCUUGUACUUCCGGUAGAGAAUAAGAUGAAAAACCCGGAAAACUACCUCAAACCUUUGGGCGUUGUGAACGUAGCACUCGCCUGCAUUACUGUGUUGUGCCUCACGACAGGUUUCAGUGGCUAUGCAACUUUCGGCGAUGAAAUCCAGGGUUCGGUCACCCUUAAUCUACCGACCGAUGAGGCCUUAGCGAAAUCAACUCAACUACUGGCAGCCGGAGCAAUUCUGCUAACAACGGGACUCUACUACUACGUUCCCAUGGAAAUCCUGUGGGGCGCAAUUGAGCCAAAGGUCCCGGUCAAAAGACAUAACCUAGCUCAGAUAACGAUGCGCUUCAGUCACUGUCUCUUUGUGACCGGAUCGGCGCUGCUGGUUCCCAAUCUGGGAUCGUUCAUCGACUUUGUCGGUGCGAUUGUGUCCGUUUCUACGAGCAUGAUCAUCCCAAUCGUUCUGGAUACGGCACUGCGAUGGCCCGGGGACUUUGGACGGAUGAAGUGGCGAUUGUGGAAGAAUGGGCUUCUGGGAGCUUUCGCGUGUUUGAUACUGGUGACGGGGACUUUCUACAGCAUCAAAGAUAUUGUUAACAUGUAUAGAUGAAACUAGGGUAAGAAUACCCUUGACUGAGUAUACAUUUAAAGAUGAACCUUUGAUAAAACUUACUUAGGCGUUAACUGAAUGAUUUAUUUGAUAUCAUCAAACUUUUCUGGCAUCUUCUGGUUCGUGUUGCUGGAAGCUUGGAAAAAAAAUUUCAAUGUAUUUCCUCAUCAACCGUACUUUUGAGCUUCAAAAUAAUAUACCUUUAGCUCAUAAAAGGUGGAACUAUAAAAAAAAUGCUUAACUUCAACAUAACAAAAAUCCCUUAACCGGUUAUUUGAAAAUAAUUGGAAACCUAUAUUUUGUUGGCGCAGGUCAACAGAAUGAUUUGCGCACUUUUUUGCGGAGCUCGAUCUCCAGUUGACAAAAUGGCCUCCACCUUAAAGAAACGACGUUUAGUACCACGAUUGUGUAGGAGCCUACUUAAUCGCCUGAGCUAUAAAACGAGUUAUUUAGAAUUCACCACCCGACUAAGUAGGAUUAUAAAUCACAUGGUCUAGUAAAAUAAACCUACAAAGCCAUAUUCAAAAGCAGUAUUAACUACUGGUGCACUGUUCGUCGCGACACAUUUCAC